AUGACUCCCACGCGGGACCCCUUUCAGCAUCCUAUGUUGGAUAACGAUGACUCCUACUUGGGAAAACUACGGAUUUCCAAGAAAUCUCAAUAUAAGAACCCAACCCACCUUGCUCAGCAACAAGAACCCUGGAGUCGGCUCAGUUCAACUCAGACAAUCACCUCCAUGAGGCGGGAAGCCUGUUUUUUUGACCCUAAGAUACCAAAGGAUGACCUGGAUUUCCGCUUAGCAGCCUUGUACAACCACCACACUGGGGCAUUCAAGAACAAAAAUGAGAUACUGGUACACCAGGAGACCAUUCAGGAUACUCAUGGAAUCAUUAAGAUCCCAGAAGAAUUUUUAUCACCUCCCCCAUUACCUCCUAUUACUUCCCUGGCUAACAUCAGACACUGGAUCAACCCUAAGAAAGAGUCCAUCCACAGCAUCCAGGGUUCCAUAGUGUCCCCUCACACUGCAGCCACCAAUGGAGGCUACUCCCGAAAGAAUGAUGGUGGCUUCUUUUCCACCUAG